AUGUAUCUGACUUCUGCUGGACCAGGCGCUCCGACAUCAUCCACCGACCUACCCAACUCAAACGUUGCUCUGUUCGACUUGGCUUUCCCAGGUAGCCAGCCGGAAUUCCAAGUUCCAACCCUGCUACCUGCCCUCCGCGCCGCACUCGCCCUGAAAUGUGAGGUUCAGCCCGUGAGCAGAUUCGAUCGGAAACACUACUUCUAUCAGGACCAGCCAGCCGGCUACCAGAUUACACAAUACUAUGAACCUUUGGCGAAAAAUGGCUAUGUGGAUUUAUUCGGCUACGAUGGGAUCGCGCCAGAAGAUGGCGAUCACGUUCGCAUCGGUAUCAAGCAGGUACAGCUAGAACAGGACACGGCCAAAUCACAGGAAUACCCUCCCUCCACGCAGCUUCUUGAUUUCAACCGCGUAUCCCACCCCCUGGUCGAAAUCAUUACGAUGCCCCAGAUCCACACGCCCGCCACCGCGGCCGCGUGCGUCCGGAAGAUUCAGACCAUCCUUCAAUCGUGCAGCGCAGUCACCACUGGUAUGGAAUUGGGCGGUCUCCGAGCCGAUGUGAAUGUCUCGAUCCGUCAGCGGGGUGAUGCCGAGGGUGCGCAUCAGUAUGGCGGCAUCGGUGGCCUCGGUCAGCGCACGGAGAUCAAGAACUUGAGCAGCUUCAAGGCUGUCGAGGAUGCCAUCAUUGCAGAAAAGAACCGCCAGAUUGCGGUGCUAGAAAGUGGUGGGGUUGUGGAGGGUGAGACCCGUGGCUGGACGAUUGGGAGCACGGAGACACGGAAACUUCGAGGCAAGGAAGGCGAAGUCGACUACCGGUAUAUGCCAGAUCCGGAUCUGCCACCACUCCUCAUCGGGGCCGAUCUCGUGUCGGAGCUGGCCAACACAUUACCGACUUCCUCGGACGAGCUGAUUGGGCUGUUGACCGGUAAAGAGUACGGCCUCUCGAUUGAAGAUGCGAAGCCGCUGGUUGAGCUAGAGGACGGCGCUCGGCUGGAAUACUACCAGGACGUGGUGGAUAUCCUGCGCGAUCAGCAGCAGGAUCCGGAUCCUGCGAGCCGUGGGGGCCUGGCACGCGUGCCGAUUAUCGAUCACGUCCAGCGAAAGCGGAUCACCGGUCCUACCGCCAAGCAGGUGCUCGCCAUGGUCUUCGACGGCGACCCUCGAGCGAUUCCUCAGUUGCUGGACGAGGAGAACCUGCUUCUCCGGCCGCUCUCGCGAGAGGAAUACGUUGCGUUGGCCGAGGCAGCAAUCCGUCAGAACCCGCAAAUGGUCGAGCAGAUCCGGGCCAAGAACCAGCUCGGUAAGCUGGGCUGGUUUGUCGGACAGAUGAUGCGCAUGGGCGAAAAGGGCCGAGUGGAGGCGCCCAAGGCGGAUGCAGUCCUGCGGGAACUGAUUCUGGGGCCGUCGCGCGGCCCUUGA